UUGCAUAAUUAGUUUUUUAUAAGUUUAUUAUAAUUCAAUGGAUUUAAAUAAUUAUGAAAAUGGUACAAACAACGUCAGACGGUCGGUUGUUUUCCUCGGGAGUCUCCUGAUUGACAUCACGGCCAACGUCGAUAGAGAAUUUUUACGAAAAUAUAAUCUUGAACCUGAUAAUGCGUACGUCGUUGACGAAACACGUCGAAGUAUUUUUGAGGAGAUUCGCGAAGGAUCGGUACAAGUCGGAGGCAGUGUUACCAAUACAGUGAGGAUGUUCACGAAGCUGAGGGGAUUCCCCGAACUUGUGACGUAUUUAGGAUCAAUGGGCGCGGACGAGAAUGGCAAAUUUGUGAAAAAUGAAUUGGGAAAAGAGGGCCUAGGAGGAGAUUUGACGGAAAUUCCCGGGGGAAGUACAGGAAAAGUCGCAGUUUUGGUUUGGGGGAAAACCAGGACUCUGGUCACCGACUUGGGGGCCUCCCGGCUAUUUUCCCUAGAUGACAAGAAAUGGGACAAGAUAAUUGAAUCAUCAUUUGUUUAUUUUUCUGGAUUUUUCAUCGGUGUUUCUUUCCCCUCUCUUGUCCGAAUUGUGGAGCAAAGGGACAAAAUCAUUAGUUUUAAUUUGGGGGCCCCAUUUUUGUGUACAAAGUACCCCCAAGAAAUGAUUUAUUUGUACAAAAAUGCGUCUCUAGUCGUCGGAAACGAAUCCGAGCAUCGUGCUUUCGCGAAGAUAAACAACCUGGAGUCACAUGACCUGCUCGAGGUCGUUACGGCAACAAACAACUUGUUUCCCAAGUCACGUGUUGUUAUAGUAACCCGAGGGGGCGGAACCGUUUUUGUGAUAAGCCCCGGUGAUUGGCAGGAAUUCGCUGUAGAGUCACUAAACGACGAAAAAAUCGUAGACACCAGCGGCGCGGGCGACGCUUUCAUUGGUGCUUUUUUGGCAGGAUGGGUCGACGGCACCAGUGUUGCCAACUGUGCAAAAAAUGGAAUUUUAGCCGCGAGGCGUGUUAUCCAAACUGUAGGAUUUAACCUUUGACUUGAAAUAAAAUUUUUGACCCGGAUCUGAAUCUUGGGGUGAAAA